UGCUCUCGGUGGGCUGUUUUGACGUCACCAUGAUGCAUAAAGAAUGAUUCAAAAAUGAUGUCAUCUUGAUGUUUUCACGACUAAUAUGUUCUACUUGGGAAUCUCAUACCCAAUAGAUUGUUUCGUGGUGAUUUACGCUAUAAUUUUGGCAAAAAAUAACGAAUCAACAUGAAUGUCGAUUGUGAAUGUCCUUAUAUAUGUACAUAUGUUUUAUUUUUAGAAAAUGAUACAACAGAACCUUAUUGGGUCGUGGAAAGAAGCUGGACGGAUUUACGGAUGAAACUGAAAAAAAAAACUGUAGACGAGGAGGAGGGGGACGAAGAAGAAGAAUUAAACAUUAUUUAUUCAUUAUCAGACAAACAAACAAGAAUAUCAAUAUCACGAAGGAUAACCGCUUUGCAAUUGCGUUGGUGGCCGACGACUUGAACCCGCCGUCGCUCGGCGUGUCUGAUGCCGAACGAAAGACAGCUCGAGUUGGACAACACACUGGCGGACGGGGAACGUAAUGAUAGCGCCGUGGUUAUCGGCCCGACGCUGUCAUCAUCAUCGUGCACGGUGCCUUACAUUGGCACCGACCAGGGCUACGUGUUCGAAGGUGGCGGUAUGUCGACGUUGCAGCAGCUGGGUGCAGCCGGUCGCGGAAACACCGACUGCAUUGGUGGCGGAGGAGAUCUUGGGUUCGGUGCAUCGAUAGGAAGGUCGAGAAGUGGGCUAAGCAGCGGGAUAGGACUCAGUGGUGUCAGUACUGGAGGAGCUACGGGAGUUGCAGGGAUGGGUGGAGGAGGAGGAGGAGGAGGAGGAGAAGGCAGUGGUGGAAACAUGAAUAAAGAAGUUCGUUACACUCCAUUUAUGGCAUCUGUAGGUCCGAUUGGUACUGUGGCGCCGGUAAACCUGCAGUCUCUACCGCCACCGCCGCCGCCAUCGCCGCCACCACCACCACCGCCACCACCCUUGCCGCUGCAGAUGCAGCAGCAGCGUGCCUUUUCGAAGUCGAUGACUUCCCUACCGCCGGAGCCGUUUAUGAUUAUGCGGUCAAAGGCAUUAAAUCGACGCGUUUCGAUUAAUGUCGGUGGCGUGAAGCAUGAGGUACUUUGGCGUACUCUUGAGCGAUUGCCACAUACACGCCUAGGUCGACUGAGAGACUGCAAUACUCACGAGGCAAUAACUGAACUUUGCGACGAUUACUCCCUAAUCGACAACGAAUACUUUUUCGAUCGACAUCCUAAAUCAUUCAGCUCAAUUCUUAAUUUCUAUCGCACUGGCAAGCUACAUUUAGUAGAUGAAAUGUGCGUGCUUGCGUUUAGCGAUGAUCUCGCAUAUUGGGGUGUUGACGAGCUCUAUCUUGAAAGUUGCUGUCAGCAUAAGUAUCACCAGCGCAAGGAGCACGUACACGAGGAAAUGCGCAAGGAGGCAGAGUCACUUCGGCAGCGCGAAGAAGAGGAAUUUGGUGAGGGAAAGUGCGCCCAGUAUCAGAAGUGGUUAUGGGAUCUUCUGGAGAAACCAACCACCUCUAUUGCGGCACGGGUGAGUCGCAUCGCGGCUUAGAAAUCGAUUUGUGUGUGUACAGGCAUGUGGCGAUAGAAGACAAUGCACACAAGAAACGUCACGCAUCACCUGCUCUGUUGUGACGUCUGUCUAGCUGGCCCCUCACUUUAUCAAAAUUAAAUUAAAAAUUCUCAAAUAAUGCGCUAUUUAUGCGCUUUAUAAGUCCACAAGAAAAAAUUUUCCGCUCGUUUCGUUUAGUCAAAAAAUUUUCUUUGUGUGGGAUGAGUAGGCUGUCACUGAACCCUUCCCACGGGUUAAUAACAACCCAUUCCAAAAAUGAAUUAUAUAGGAUUUACGCGCUAUUUAUGCGCUCUUAUACUAGAGUAACUUUGAUUUUUGCGCUGCAACCCAUAAG